AUGGACAAGGACACAAAGCAAGACGCAGAUCCUGCUGUCGACACGGCCACGACAGGCGCCAACCUCUCAGCGACGCCCGUGACGCCCGUGACGCCCGUGGCGGCCAAGCCGGUCCUGGCGACGCUGGAUACGGCGAUGACGGCGCCCAAGAGCACAUCUACGCAUCGUCAUCAACCGAGACGCAUCUCGGACGUCGCCUCUCCGUUUGCAGUGUCGCCCGCAUCGCCUCGCUCGCUCGAGCACAUCCAAGCCGAGCACCAGUACCUGUGCAACAACCUGCACUGCCAGGACGCGCGCAUCCGCUCUCUGCUGGGCGCGCUGUUGGCCGUCCAGGCGCAGCUCCAGACCCACGAAACGGCCAAGGCCAAGGCCAGCGCCGCGGCCAGCGACGCGUCCAGCAACGAUCAUCCCUUGCCGCUGACGACGGCCGCGGCACGGAAGCUGCGCAAGAGCGCCGGCUUCAUCCAGAGCAAGAUUGCCGCGGCUGAGCGCCAGGAGCAGCUGCUGGUGCUGCGGAUCGGGGAGGUCACGGCGGAGCUGCAGGGACGGCAGUGGCUGGCGCAGCUGCAGCAGCAGCGGCAGCAGCGACAGCAGGAAUUUGGCCGGGCUGGGCAGCUGGCCGUUGGGUCGGUCGUCGGGCCGGCCGUUGCGCGCCACGGCUACGUCCCUCUCGAGGUCCCCCAGACACCAUACCGGACGCCGGACCAGGCGUAUUUUGACGCUGGCCACCCGCCGUUUGCAUUUCAGCAGGACAGCCGUCCCACGACGACCACAGACAUUGUUCUGCCGCCCGCAUUCGUGGUCAGCCCUGUGACGCCCGGGAUCCAUGCGACCAUGCCGGCCUACCCGGUGUUGUCCUCUCCUGCAUCGGCGACGGGCGGUGGCCACGGUGACCAUGCCUGCAUGUCGCCCAUGAGUCCGCUGGCGCCUGUCUUUGAGCCCGGUUCAUUCUCGUUUGGGUCGACGUCGCUUGUUUCGCCGAUGGCUCCGCCGUCCGAGGGUGACCAUCGCCUUGCCUCGGCUGCCACGCCAAUGGCCGAGUCUCCGCCGUCGUCACCGCCGUCGGCUGCCCAAAUGCACAGUCAAGCGCUGAAUCACAUCGGCGUGCAGAAUGCGAAUGAAGACACAGUUGUUGGCGACGGCGAUGCGGACGUCUCGGACACGGCCUCUCUGCCGCCUGAGGUACGUCCACGCCGUGGAUUGCACAGUCCUGACCGGCUGACGCCGGACAAGCAGAAGCGGAGGAGUUUGCCGCCGGUUUGGUCGGUAUGGCCUGACGAGGAGAGAUGA